UGGUAUCAAGAACGCAUACCUAACGACGUUCGGAAGGGAGUCUGGGAACGGCUGCUAUACUUCCGUCUGGCUGAAGCAGAGGGCUUAGGUGCUUUAGCUGCAGCUGGUAAAUGGCAUGGAGAAGUCAGAAUAUAUGAAUAA